AAGUCUAUUCCGUCUGGUGUAUAGUUUUUUUUGGUAAACUUUCAGUUUUGAACAAACAUAAAUGUACCUAUUGUAGCUUUGAAAAACCUCCCUUGUCGUUUAAGCUUAAGUAAAUAUCUUGUCUGGACGUCUUAUGUAAGGUACGUAGCUAUAAGAAAAUAUGCGGGCGCGAGCAGGGUCCUUUUUAGUCUGUUUCUUCCCACGAAGGUAUCAUGACGACUUUAGAUGAAUAUAUGUCAAUCAGAAUUUAUCCAUCUACACUCAAUAAUAGUUUGAAGUCUCAAUGUUUCCGUUUAAAUAAAUGAGAUGAAAAAGACCUUUCUUCAGCAAGCUUCUGCAUCUUUCUGCUUGCCACACAGUUGUUAGAGCCAGAAAGGGCUUUCGGCCGGGGGAAAUGUAAAUAUUGAUAUUGAAUAAAAUAAAUAUCAUGUCAUGAACAAGCGAGUUUAUUCUAGGCUACGUUUUGACAGCUACAGCUGUCUUCGACGGGCAAUGAUCGUAAUCAUCUUUGGCUAUUUGUUAUUUGAAGAGAUAAUUAAAGUAUCGAAAUUAGCCAAUCAGAUCACAGCAAUUAAAGUAAUUAACUUUUUCUCGGACCCAGAUGGAAGCAAUUAAUUCAUUAAAAUCUUUUCUUUUUCUAAAAGUUCGCUUUAUGUUACGUUUCUUUUUCUAAAAGUUCGCUUUUUGUUGAUGUUUAAUUAUAGUCUAGGACUCAACACUUAAAAUAAAUAUUUUAUCCCUGACGGUCACAGUUACUACCAAGAAUUCGACAAAAUGGACACAUUUUACCAAUAAUGCAACAUAAACACUUCGCAUCUACCAUUUCUUAAGGUGUAAAAUAUCUUGUUGCAAGACUUAAUGCCAUGGUAAGCUCUUUGCAAAUAUUGAUCAUUUAUCCGCUAAGAGUUUUGCUAGUUAUACACUUCUGUAAUGCUGUUUAUAAUCGUUAAUUUUUUUCAUUGCUUAAAUUUUAGGAGAGCAUUUUCACUUGUGAAAGGCACUAUUAGCUGCUGGCCAAUUUGACUGUUUGAUUUUGUACCAUGACAGAUAAAUGUCAAAUUUAACCUGUUAGUGACUGUUGAUUGGCUCUUAUUUUGUGCACUGAGGACUACUGCUUCAAUAAUAUGCCAUAAUAAGUGAUGUAUCUAUGCUGUAUCUUCAGUGUAAAUUUUAGGAACUAUCUAAAUAAAAAUGUUACAAUGUGUGUAAUGUUUAAAAUAUUUUUCAAAAAAUUGAUUAUUGAGCCUAGGGUGUCACUUGCAUGUGCCAAAUUUUUCUUCCACUUCAUUAUUGGCUGUGUUUUUAAAUGUUACACUUGUAUAAUAAGAAUUAUCGUUCUUGUUAAAUUACUAUUUUUAGAAAUAAUGUUGUCAAACACAAUAGAAAAACAACUAUUCCAAGCCAACGCUCUGUUUUUAAAAAUAACCUCAGCUUCCAAACAACCGUUUGAAGUAAAUAAUGGCAAUUGUGAAUUAUCCAAAUGCAAACAACAUAACUCAUAUCAAUGGCUGAUUUCAGCUCCUAAUAACACAAAACACAGGAAGUUUAACUUUACAGUUGACGUUAGUACAGUGAUAAAAGAGAAAAUUCGUGGAUCACAAUUUCAUAUUCAAGUCAAAGUGAAGAAUGCUGUAACUCAGCUCAUUGGAACGAUGCAUAACAAUGAAGAUGCAGAGAAAAUUGGCUGCCUGUUUAGAGAGAUUGAUAAUAGUAAAAGAAAUACAUCAGGGGGAUGGUUAAAUGCAAAAGAGAAUCUUCCUAAUCAAGGUCCUAAUUAUGUAACUUCUCAGAGAAAUUCAAGUCCAUUGUCUGCUAAGAAACAUACCAGAACACCACUUUCUGAUAAAAGUUUCUCCAAGGAAACAGUUGACAUCGUGAACAGAGGAAAAAAAUUAUUUCCCUCCCCUUCAGAAAUGCUUAAAACUACCCCAAGUACAAAGGAUACUGAUGUCAAAGUAACUGCCAUUGGCGGUAGAAAGGCAAGCAAUUUUUAUAACACAGAUAAUAAGAUAGAUAGAGGCUUAAGCUCUUAUGCAGCUAGUAAACCAAAGUCAUUUAGUUCAAUGACGUCACCUGUUACAUCCAAGCACUCUUUAACGUUUCAAAACAGAAUUAUGAGUAAUGACUUCAAGAAAUGUGAAAGGAUGAGCAAUGAAGUUAUUGGUUUUUCGAAUCUCGGAAACACUUGUUACAUGAAUGCUAUAUUGCAAUGUCUGUUAAACAUACCAAAUUUUUUUCAAGAUUUAAAUAACGCUGAUAAUCUAGAUGUUGUAAAACAUUUUAGUUUAUAUAAUGCUUUGUGCAAUUUAGGAAUACUCAAGUAUUCAUACGAAACUCUAGAAAAUCAACGAUAUGCUUUGAAAAGAGUUAAAUCAGCCAUAUCAACCUCUGCAACACGUUUUUCUGGUUAUUCCCAACAUGACGCACAUGAAUUCCUUUGUCAUUGUCUGGAUCAACUAAAAGAAGAUUUAUCCACUGAAAUGAGGAAAAAGUAUGAAAUGCAAGGCUUUGAUUGGUCAACUUCUGAGUCUGAAGAACAAGCUUUUUUUGCUUGUCCAAUUAAAAAUAACUUUGAGAGUACAGUGUUACAUAGCAUUAUUUGUCAAGAAUGUAACGAGCAAGUUUUAAAAACUGAAGCUUGUCAUGACUUCUCUCUUGUCAUUCCAAAUUUUGAUGAAAAUUCAGAGCCGAGAGACCGUAGUAUUGAUGAUUUGCUAAAAACACAUUUUUUAGACGAAGUAAUUGAGUAUACAUGUGAGAAGUGCAGUACAACAUCUUCUGUGUUAAAACAUCAGUUUCAAAUGCUUCCACGUGUUUUAAUAUUGCACAUAAAGCGUUACGAUAUGUAUGAUAUGAAACGUUCAGACCGUAUUCGCCUUCCCAAAACUAUUAAUGUUAAAUUUUUAGUUACAACAGACACAGUUUUACCAAGAACUUUUGUGUAUGAUAAAGAAAAAAUGAAAGCAAGUUUUUUAACAUCAGCAAACUUAAAUGCAAGCGAAAAGAGAAAAUCACAGGAACCACUGCAAAGCGAACCACUUAACAAAUCUUCUAAAAAAUCAGAUUCUCGUACAUCGGAAAAGGAAUUCUUGUCCUCUGAGAAGAGCAUCAGUAACAGGGAAGGAGAAUUUUUAGCCCAAGCUUUCAGAGACAGCAAGCGUGAUGAAGAGUUAAGAUUAAAGGAAUCGAAAUUCACUUCGUUAAAAAGAACAGAUAUGCCUUUGGUUAAUAAGAAGUUGGAAUUUCCCACGAUGAGUUGGAGCACUCCAAUGGUUGAAAAAAGUGUAAACUUAAUCGAUCUUGAUGCUGAUAAAGAGUUUGAGAACGAUCUCACAAAAUUAACUUCUGUGUCUGACGAUGAAGAAGACGAGUUGAAAAAAGCAAUGGAAUUGAGCAUGAAGGAAUAUGCAGAAAGACAAGAGCAAGAAUUAAUGGAUUUUUCCUUUAACAACAACAAAAAUGAUAGGAUCAAUGUUAAUAAUUCCUUAAACAAUACUUCCAAAGACAAAGAGACAGAGUUUAAGGACGAAGAGAGUAAUGCUUUGGACAAUAACAACUCUGCUAACAAAAACUUAUAUAAUUUGGUUGGAAUAGUCAAUCAUCAUGGUCAAAAUACUGCUACUGGACAUUAUACCAGCGAUAGUUUUGAUUUUAAGUCAGAAAAGUGGCGAAGUUACAAUGAUUCUUCGGUGAAAGAAAUAAAGGAACAUGAAGCUAGGUUUGGACGAUUGGAGAGUGCGUAUAUUGUGUUCUACAUGCAUGUGGAUUCUUUUAAUGCUAUUAUGAGUAAGCAAUAGACUAUGUGUUAUAGGAUAUUGUAUUUUAUUAUCUGUUGAUGCGAAUGCUAAAUUAUGUCACCAUUUCAAACUUUAAUUAGCUGAUUUAUAAAUACUGAAACUUUGCAUUAUCGUCAAAGUCAAAGGAAUACUCUGGCAUUUAUACUUUAAUUAUAUACAUUUCACAAGUUAAUUAAAAAAAAUAUUACUACUAGAGUUUAUCUUUUCGUUAGUUUAAAGUUAUUCAAAUAUAUUGAGUGUUUACUUUAUUGUUUAUUUUUUUUCACUCCAAGAAAACGUAGAUAGGCUUGUUUCAAUAUUCAUUUUGUUGUAAAGGAAACUGGAAUAAUAGAUAAACUUUUUGGUCCUAAUAUUUCAGUAUAACUUUCUUUCUAUUAAUUAAAUUAAAUUUAUUUAUAGCAACAAUAAUAAAUCUUUAUGAGAUAUAUUAUUUGCAAAAUUGGUGCAAGUUGUGUGAAUUAUUUUUGUAAGGUGUUCUUUUGUUUCCGUAUGAAACUAAUAGGGUUGAAGGACCAUUUACCCACAUAUUUUUUUUUAGAGAUAUGGAAAACACUAUUUUUUGUUCUAAUGCAGUAAAUUCAAAUAGCAUUUUAGCCAAUCUGAAAGUCCUGCAUUUUAAAAUGUUCGAAGGUAGCAACAACUUGUGCACCCCCCGUAGUCAUUAUAUUACUCCUUUCAAUUUAAAAAACAAUUUCUCUGCCCUGAUGCAAUGUACUUUAAUCCUUCAAA